AUGUGCCGUUGGCUUCAGAGCGCCGGGUGCGACGUCUCGCUCCGCAACUGCAAUGGGCACAGCGCCGCGGCGAUCAAAGGGCGGCGCGCCGUCUGCGAGUGGCUCCUCUCCCCGGAGGGGGGAGGGCUGGGCGAGCAGCACUUGCGCGCCGACGGCGACGGAAACACGCCCGCGCGCAUGGCGCGCGCCGAGGGGUUCGAGGAGCUUGCCGACUACCUGGAGGAGCGGCAGCGGGAGCUCGCGACGCCGCCGGCAGCGAUGGAGAAGCGUGGGGAGGGGUAG